CAAUUUCAGUGACAAUCGCUCUUCUGCUUGCUGUAUGUGUUUAAAAUAAGGUUUGACUUUGUAUUUUUCAAGUAAAGGAGAAAUCUGCACUUAUAUUGACCCUGGUUAGGAGAUCAAGAUAACCUUUAGUAUUUUAAUCUUACAGCAAGUAAUCUAUUUACUGCUUUGCCUUAUCACGGAGCUGCAUUCUUCCUCUUGAACACGCAGCCCUACUAAUAAUACACUUUCAGAUUUGUGCCACAUGCUUACUGUACCAUUCGACUGUUAUUUCAGCAUCAAGGAUAUGCGCGUUCAUUUUCUCUGGUGCCAUCCUCAGAGACUUGACGAAAACACGCCCAAACCAGAAUGUCACCUGAACAGUGUGGCCAGAGUUUAGCAGAGCAUGUUGCAUACAAGUAUGCUGGUUAAUGAAAACAAACCACCUUUUCUCGGUUUCCUAGCAUGAUAUCAGUGGUGUUCGCUUCCUCAUGUUGAUGGUUCCAAGCAGCGGCUUCUCUGUGAGCUGCUCCAACACUGUAAUCCUAAUCUCCAUUCACGGCUCAGAGUGGUUACAGCACAGAGACUGUACCUACAUCUUAUCUUCCAGCUGUGCAUGGGGCUGUGUGUAUCUGAGGAGAGGAUGGGACGGGGAUGGCUUGUUUUGCUAAUUUAAAGUGGUUUAGGACUGUAAAUCAGAAAACAGUGGAAUUUAAUCCAAACAUCUAGUAGAAAUAUGGGAUGAACAUAGGAUAUUUCUCUCAAUUUUAUAUCUUAAAAGCAAGAAGGCAAUUUUUCCUGCUAUCUUCAUGCAUUGCAGCCAUAUUAAAAACGAAGCUCAGGGUUGAUCGGCCUGCACCGGCUUUCCCAGCUGGAAUUGACGUUUAUUCCAAAGAUUUGACUUCCGAGUUCAAAGAGAUUGCAUCACAAGUCAAAGUUUCUGGGAUGAAGCUAAAACCUUCUUCCUGCCUUGUGAGUGGUCCCAUGUGAGAGAAACAGGAAGGAGACCCUCUAGAUUUGUUGCACAAGUUAACGACAACACGAGCAGUGGAACAGAUAAUGAUUUUAAAAUGUGAACUUCGUAGGAGAUGAACUGGUUAAUAUGGUUUUAGACUCUCUUCCUUUGGCUUUCAUGCACACUAUCAAAUGUUUUUGAUUAAACCUUACAUGUUUACAACUGUGAACAAAUUAAACUGUCUUUAAAUUAAACAAAAACUAUAUCUAUUGUGUUAAAUAUGCACAUAAAUAAAUGUCCUGAUGCUAUAUUUCAGAAAGUAAACCCCCCUUUAAAAUGUAUGUGCAGAGUAUAUAGUUAACAAGUUAAAUAUAUUCACACACUUCACAGUAGGCUGUGUUUAUCACCUGUGAAGCAGAUCAUUGAGUGAGAAACUGUCACUGCAGAAAGCCCUUGAUGAUGAUUGGCCACCGAGGGAGGAGACAGUUUAUUCUCCGCUGAUAAAUGUGAAGCUUCAUGGUCUUCUCUGACAAAUCAUCAAUAGCCAGGAACCUGUAGCAGGCACACUUGAAUGCUCCCACCCACAGACGUUUUACAGAAGUAAAAAGUUCCUUUUUCAUUUCACCGGCAAACAGCAACGAGGCCUGGUUCACUUUGACUUUGCCUGAAAAAGCUUCAGGCCUCCGAGCGCAGCUAAGGUCACAAGCUCCGGCUAUACAAUAAGAGCGAGGGAGACAUCUUUUUGGGGGGGUUGGUUUUCGUUGAGUGAGAGGAAAUUUUGAAACAUUGUGCAAUGGUGCCACAAAAGUUUUGAAAGGUUGUGAGAGCGUUUUUGCCACUAAAGCGUCUGAGAGUCGGUUUGUUGGAGAAGAGGUCUCCAUGUUGCAUCCAUACAGAAUGGAGAGCUACCUCAUCCCUCCUCAUACAGAAGAAAUGUACGAGUCUGACAUCUACAGACAUCAAAUUGCAGAAUAUUAUAAUCCAUACGUACUAGAUACUGAUAUCCAGGCAGAUCACUGGGAUUACCACUCGCAUCCCCACGUGCACCCUGUCGAGUUUGAAAACCUCCAAGAGAGCAACUUCACAGAGCUGCAGAGCGUCCAGCCUCUCCAUCCGCCUGGCCUCAUACGACAUGACCCCUUGCGAUACGACGCGGAGACCCUGCUCGAGCCGAACCUAGCCGCACAUCCACAUGUGCUGCAGCAACAAGUAGCCUUCUACCCUCGGGCUAUGUAUCCACCUCGUGUAUCUCAACGCAGCUCUGAUGAUGAGGAGCAUGGAGGAAGGAGUCCCCCGCUCGAAGUUUCAGAUGAAGAGUGCUUGAGAGACCGAGUCCCUUACGUCACAUCAGCCGAGCUAGGUAACAAAAAGAAGAUCCGGCUGUACCAGUUCCUGUUGGACCUUCUAAGGAAUGGAGACAUGAAGGACAGUAUCUGGUGGGUGGACAGAGACAAGGGGACGUUUCAGUUUUCCUCUAAACACAAGGAGGCUCUCGCACACCGCUGGGGAAUCCAGAAGGGAAACCGAAAAAAAAUGACAUAUCAGAAGAUGGCUCGCGCCUUGCGCAACUAUGGCAAAACUGGCGAGGUGAAGAAAAUCAAGAAGAAGUUGACGUAUCAGUUCAGUGACGAGGUGCUAGGGAAGAGUCAUCUGGAGAGAAAGUCUUACAUUUAGGCUGUAAAGGUCUUCUCUAGUGUGUCUGUAGCCACAUCGUUAAACCCGGUUAUCUGUUAGAUAGCAUUAUAGGAAUUUAAAAAAAGAUGAUGCUGUACAGUACCAGCCCUCCUGAGAAUAUGCUAAAAUUUUUAGUCAUCAUGCUUGCAUGGUCUCCAGGCUCAUUCUUCGAGAAAACGUGGAGGGAAACCACUUGGUGAGAGUUUUAAAAAGUCCGUAGAGGGGAAAACUCAGUACCUACAUAAAAAAGUAUUCCUUUAACGGAAUACAAUACUAUCGUUAAAUGAGGUGUUAGAAGCAACAGAAAGCAAAAGCAACCAAAGCUAUUAGAAAUGGGGUUUUCUCCUAUUUCCUUCAUAUUUCCUGUAAUCCAUUUAUCUGUCUUUUUAUAAAUAAAAAAAAAAGACUUCCUAGAUUUGGCCAGAAGUGAAUAGUACUGAGGACCCCAUGAUAAAGAGUUAAGAGUAGUUUUGUGUCUGUAGCUAAUUUCUACCUGUAACAGUUAUUCUGUCUUUUCUGAAACUGUCCCGAUGUUAUCAGGCUGUAUAUUUAUGCAUUAAUACGAGCAGGCUCUAUCUGAGUGGCAGCAAGUCCUCGGUCCUCACAUCUUGCUGGGCCUUGCCCAUUUUCUCCACCGUGUUUAGCACAUGAAUAAGUUCUCUUAGUUGUGUAAAUUUACUGUGUUUAUGUAGCCUCCUUAUACGUGCAGGUUAGUAUUUAAACAGCCUGAAUGCAAAUAGGUGAUUAAGUAGAAAUACAUCCUCUGUGUUCAGGUAAUAUAUAUUGUGCCUUACUAUAUACCAUGAACUGUACAAACUGUAUGGGUGAGAGUUGCUUGUAAAGAAUAAAUUGUGCAUUAAACAAAUGUGUGUGGCUCC